AUGAUCAUUCAACUUUUAUCCUAUGCGGGUACCGUCCUGGGGUUUAUUUUCCUGACGUUAUCCACAGCAUCAGGAUUGUAUUAUCUCAGUGAGUUAGUGGAAGAAUACACUGAACCCACAAGAAGGUUGCUAUAUCGAGCAAUAUACACUAUAAUCGGAAUUUACGUGCUACUUCUAUUAUUCGAUGGAUUCCCAUGGCUGCUAACGGCUUUUUCUAUCUUUACCUACGUGGUAUAUCUACAGAAUAUGAAACAUUUCCCAUAUAUCUCGUUGACGAACCCUACGUUAAUGUUGAGUUGCGUACUAGUUCUUAUAAAUCAUUACUUGUGGUUUAAAUACUUCAAUGAUGUUGAUAUCCCACCUCAAUUCAGGUUUGACCCUAACUAUGUGCCAAGAAGACGUGCGUCUUUCGCGGAAGUGGCAUCAUUCUUUGGAAUUUGUGUAUGGUUUAUUCCAUUUGCAUUGUUCGUGUCGUUAUCCGCUGGAGAAAAUGUGCUACCUACACACAUUGAAAGGAAAAAGAACGAGGAUGGCGAUGGUGCCGAGAGUUCUAGAGGUGUGAGAAGAAGAGCUAAGGGUUUAGCCAAGAUCGUCAUCGAUUACAUUAGAGAAUACUUCUAUUCCAUAGGCAAACUAUUUGGAUUGAAGGAUAGCAAGAAAGAUGAAGGGUUGUUGCUUUGA